CCCCCGAGAGCAGCAGCCGGCGACGGAGCCAGGCAGCCGUGGACUCCGAGGGCGCGCGCUACUUGCUUUUGCGGGGCUGGCGAAGCGCUGCGGCCCCGGCUCCGCACCGGGCGGGGGGAGCGCUUCGAAAUGACAGAUGCUGCAAUGAUGGAAUUGAGCUGCACUGAAGCACCUCUUUAUGGGCAAACCAUUAUAUAUGGAAAGUUUGACAACAUUCUUCCAGAAGAGGCUGAAUUUUACUUUGUUUACAAAGGAUCAAUACAGAAACAUGUAGUCUUUGCCAAGCAAGUUACUGAAAACACUCUUGAAUCUAUAAUUCCAGCUCAUAGAGAACAAGAAGAUGUUUCUGUCUUUGCGGUUAUGUAUGGAAAGGAAAGUGAAUUUGUGAUUCUGGGCUCCUCGUUUCUUACCUUCAAACAUGACAUUGCUUGUGAAUUAGCAUGCUUCUUGGUGAGUCAGGCCAACUGUCUCAUUCCCUCCAGUCAUCACACCCUUCUCAGUCAGUUUGAUUUAAUCGAGAGAGAUUUGCAGUCAAUGGAUCAUGACAUUAUGCUAGCAAUGGCCUGUGAAGAGAUUCCAUCUUCCUGGAACAUUGUUGGGAAUAGUGCAGAAAAUG